CUAGUCUGUGAUCUGGUUUCCUGGUUCUCAGUUUCUGUCAGCAUCAUUUCAGACUCUGAUCCUGCAUGAGUCGGAUCGCUGACGUGGUUCCUGCAGCUGAAGACGAGUCUCGCAGUGAGGGGGCAGAGCCACCAGAGUCCUGCAGAAGCGGCCAUGUUGUGUCGGGUCUUGCUGCUGACCCUGAUGAUAACGAUGAUGAAGAGUGACGCAGCCUCAGCAGAGGUCAUAAUAAUAUCGGCCACCAGCGGUGACGGCAUUGUACUGCCGUCUGGUCAGCAGAGCAGGACAGUGGAAAACCGAGGGGAAUUCAGGUGGACGCACCUCCACCUGCUUCUGAACAAAAAGACCACCAGGUGCCACCACGGGCGCUGCGAGCUGCAGAGUGAUGGGUCGCUGAGAUUCAGCCAAGUCCAGGUCCAAGACUCAGGAAACUACACCCUGCAGGUCUUUGAUGAGGCUGGAAACAUGAAGGUGAAGAAGACGUUCCUGCUGCAGGUACAAGAUACCACCACCACCAGAGGCGGCCAUGUUGCGGCAUCUCCACUCAUCUCCUGCUCUGUGCUGCUGUUUCUGCUGUUGGUCUCCAUCAUCACCUUCAUCUUGAGGAAAAGGAGGAUACGAGCGAUUAUAACAUCAGGUCAGACGGAGGACAACGUCUAUGUGGUGAUGCGUGGUCACCAUGGCAACAAGAGGAAACAGGAGAAAGAUGAGAGAAAGGAAGAAGAGCCUCAUUAUGUUCCCUGUAGACCUGCAGCACCCAAGGAACAUGAAGACGACGUCUACGUGUGACGACCAAUCAGAGCUCUGCAGGUGCUCAGAGAAAUAGCGUCAUGAAUUUUUGCAGUAACUUCUCUUUUGAGUCAAAAUUUUUAAAAUUCACUCCUUUGUUCUAUGUUUAUGUAUUUUACGCCCUCUGGUAGCCUUAGUGGACAAAAAUGUCCACGCACAAAA